GUCAAAAUUCAAAAGUAAGAUACAUACGUUAGCAACACCCGAAGGCCACAAAUUGAGAAAAUCGUCGGAAAAGAGUUUUAGAGAUUAUUGCUAUUAGUUCGCAAUCUUCCGCAUAUUUCAAUUCGAAGUUUGAAGAUCACAUAAAUGGCGAAAAACGCACCAGAUGCAUCCAGUAAUACGGUAGCUGUUCAAGCUACCAACGAUGACGCUUCUGCGAGCAAAUUGUCCUGUGUGAAAAAAGGAUAUAUGAAAGAUGAUUACAUCCAUUUUUUCGUGAGAAAGCCUGUAAGGAGAUCUCCAAUAAUUAAUCGUGGUUAUUUUGCUCGUUUUGCUGCUCUUCGAAAGCUUCUUUCUCAGUUUCUCCAUUCUGAUGAUCAUACUAAGAAGCAAGUAUUGUCACUUGGAGCAGGCUUUGAUACAACAUAUUUUCAGUUGCAGGGUGAGGGAAAAGCACCAUAUUUGUAUGUGGAGCUGGAUUUUAAGGAGGUGACUAGUAAGAAGGCUGCAUUAAUCGAUGUACACAAUGAGUUGAGGGAAAAAAUUGGUGCAACUGCUUCUAUUUCACGAGAAAAUGGGGUGGUGCUUGGAGAUCAUUACAAAUUGCUCCCUGUUGAUUUGAGGGACAUUCCAGAGUUAAAUAAUAUGAUAACUUUAGCAAACCUUGAUCCCAGCCUGCCAACAUUUGUUAUUGCAGAGUGCGUUUUGAUAUACUUGGAUCCAGAGUCAAGCCGUUCUAUAGUUGGUUGGGCUGCGAGAACAUUUUCUACAGCUGUCUUUUUCUUAUAUGAGCAGAUUCAUCCAGAUGAUGCUUUUGGGGAGCAAAUGGUUCGUAACUUGGAGUUCCGUGGCUGUGGGCUCUUAGGUAUUCAUGCUACUCCAACUCUGGAGGCUAAAGAAAGGCUUUUCCUUGAUCAGGGAUGGCAGAGAGCUGUUGCUUGGAACAUGCUCAGAGUUUACAGUGAAUUUAUUGAUUCUCAAGAAAGACGCAGGAUUGAGCGGCUGGAGCUGUUUGAUGAGUUUGAGGAGUGGCACAUGAUGCAGGAACACUAUUGUGUCGCUCUUGCUAUCAAUGAUGCUUUGGGGUUAUUUCAGAAUUUUGGCUUUUACAAGGACGAGCAAAAGGCCAACAUGGAUGGAUCAUGAUCAAAGAAAAAAAUGCCAAUCAUAUACUGUAAGAUUGGCAACUGAAGUUCUUGGAAUGUGCGUGUCGAUGUUAAUUGUAGUCUCUACCCCUCUGAGUUUGCAAUUCUCCUCCAAAAAACUCACGUAUUUAAGUCAAGUCUUGCGAUCUCAAAGGGACGAGCAGAUUGGCUCCCAAAGUAUAGAACACCGAUUUCGUGAAUAAAAAUUCCAAGAAUAAGAUUUUUUUUAAAAAAAGUUUGUUGCUCACUGCACUAGUCUCCAAAAGCAUGAUACACUUUCUAUUAUUUUGUUAGCUGUUUGGCAAAGGAACGUGGCAGAGAGUAAGAGACUUUUGUGGAGACUUUUUGUUUUUGUUGGUUGUCCUAAUUGCAUUAAUCUUUUAUAUAUUUAUUUUAAAAAUUUCAAAAAGUUUUUUGGUUGUGGAUCAUUUGGAUGACGAGAAUGCCAAUUGUUUUGGUUUGGUUGAUUUUGGUACCCUUGUUUUGUCUUCGUUGUUGCCUUUAUUAAAAUUGAUUGGACACGAUUUCGAAUUUUUUAUGAAAACGGAUAUCAAUUUGCCC